CUGUUGUUGUUCUCAACGUGGUCCGCCAUGGAGCCAUAAAAGCAGAGCGGGGCGCCCUCCUCGCCAGUAAGCAGCGCGGACCCAUCAGAGAGCUCCGGCCGAGGCAGAGGCAACGGUAGUACCAGCGUUUUUUCGGUGGGUCUUCGUGUUCCGGCCCGACUGUCAUUCUAAUCUUUUCCGCUCCGGCCUCCAACUAAGCCGGUCCUUGCCCAGGACCCCCGCUCCGCCUGGCCCGGCCCCCACCCCAGCCCUGCCGCCCGGCCCCAGGCCCGGCCGCGGCCGCUCCCGCCUGGAGCCGCCGCGCGCCCCAAGCCCCCCGGCGCCCCCUCGGCCCCUCGCCUUUCUCUUCCCGGCGCGGCCUCCGGGCUUCCGCGCCCCGCCCGCCACCAACCCGCUGGCCACCAUGUCUGUAGAGCUCGAGGAAGCCUUGCCACUGACGACCGCCGAGGGGGCGGCCAAGAAGGCGGCUAAGGCUGGCGCCUCGGCGGCGCUGUCUCCGUCGAAAAAAAGAAAGAACAAGAAGAAGAACCAGCCGGGCAAGUACAGCCAGCUGGUGGUGGAGACCAUUCGCAGGCUAGGCGAGCGCAACGGCUCGUCGCUGGCCAAGAUCUACACGGAAGCCAAGAAGGUGGCGUGGUUCGACCAGCAGAACGGGCGCACCUACCUCAAAUACUCUAUCAAGGCGCUGGUGCAGAACGACACGCUCCUGCAGGUGAAGGGCACCGGCGCCAACGGCUCCUUCAAGCUCAACCGCAAAAAGCUGGAGAGCAGCGGCGAGCGGCGCGGAGCCACAGCGGCCGCCUCUGCCACAGCGCCUGCUGCACAUAAGACCAAGAAGGCGGUCUCGGGUGCAGCCGGCCCCCGGCGCGCGGACAAGAAGCCAGUCAAGGGCCAGAAGCCCCAGAAGCGCUCGCAUAAGAAGGGCGCCGCCCCCCGGAAGGACAAAGGCAGCAAGGCUAAGAAGGUGGCAGCCGCUGGGGGCAAGAAGGUGAAGAAGGCGGCCAAGCCCAGCGUCCCCAAAGUGCCCAAGGGCCGCAAGUGAGCGCGCCAGCCUGCUGGGUCUUUCCGGUGUUUAGGAUUUCUACUCCGAGAGUGUGUAGGUUUUGUACGUUUAUUCCAGCCGGGGCGCCGAGCUUGCUCCGUCUCUUCUCCAUCUCACCCAUCCCCCGCUGUUGUACCUUUGUUUUGUUGUUUGCUUUAGAUUUUUGAAAUGGUCCUAACGGCCCCCCAUUGGUUCUUGUCCUUGGCGACCGGUGUUGCCAUGGCUACCAGCCCCUAGGCACCAAUGACCGAGGCCGCGCCUGCCUGUCUCGGCGGCGGCCGCAGCCACGACGUCGUUGUCUCCAGUUCCUCACUCUCUCCGCUUUUGGGUGCGCGACAAACAAUCGCUUUGGGUGCGGUGCUGCGCGAUGCUUCUCAUAAUCUCGUCUGCCUUUUUUGGAGCGCAAUAAAUUGUUUAAACCUUGGAA